CCCGUAGCAGUUCUCUCGUAGGCGCCGUUGAUCAAACUCGUAGCGAGGCCGCAAACCUCAGCGUAGCAAUAUAACGAAGAAUUUUGAUCUAAAUAUAUUAUUGAUUUGAAUUUUUAAAUUUUCCCAUGGAUAAUUAAAAGUGAUACGAAAAUGUGUGUAAAUUGGUUAUAAAUGGAGAUGAAAUUAGGCCGAAAUACAUGGAGAUUGGAGAGUGAAGAGAUAGCGGGCGCCGGACGCAAACAUAUGAAUGCUUAUCCUGUUUUAACUAGAAUGACGUGUGACGACAGCCUUAUCUAACACGAUGCAGUAGCAACUGCUUCUCAACCAAGACAAUAAUACCAGCCUUGAAAUGAUGAAUGCGACGGAACCGAACCUCGAUUUCAACAGAUCUACACCUAUAUACAUGAUCGGAACUAAUUUUAUAACUCAAUGGAAACUACAAAAGCUGAAACAGCGUGCCUGUAUCUCCACAUCUAGCUAUCCUGACUGCCAAGACGCUUCAAAUAUCACCAACUAUACAGAUAUUCUAUAUUUCAACACCACAAUUGAAGAUGCGAUCACAAGCGAUCAAUUGCAACCUGUGCUUCCACCAUUCCCGCUUUGGCUGGCGGCGAUCAUUGCCACCUGCCUUGUUCUGGUGAUUCUGUUGACUGUCAGUGGUAAUGUUCUGGUUCUCCUGGCCUUCCUGGUGGACAGAACGAUACGUCAGCCUAGCAACUACUUCAUUGCUUCACUCGCUGCGACAGAUCUGUUGAUAGGUACAUUGUCUCUGCCAUUCUACACAGACUACGUUUUGAAAGGGUACUGGCAUUUAGGGCCAUUGUUAUGUGACCUUUGGCUAUCCGUAGAUUACACUGUAUGCCUUGUCUCACAAUACACGGUACUAUUAAUAACAGUCGAUAGAUUUUGCAGCGUAAAAAUAGCUGCAAGGUACCGUGCGUGGAGAACAAAGAAUCGCGUUAUAUGGAUGGUCACUGUUACUUGGAUUAUACCAGCGUUGCUAUUCUUUACAACUAUUUUUGGCUGGGAACAUUUCGUUGGAUAUCGAGACUUACAGGAAGGAGAAUGUGCCGUACAAUUUCUAAAAGACCCAGUAUUCAAUACAGCUUUAAUUAUUGCAUAUUAUUGGACAACGCUUAUAGUUUUAAUCGUUUUAUAUGCAGGAAUAUUUAAAACUGCUUACGAUAUGCAAAAGAAAAGUGAAGCGAAACAAAGAAAAAUGCAAUCAAUGGUAGCUUUAAGCGCUGGAGUUAUGACUGGUAUGGCUGGAAGAGCUGCUGGAAUGGCUACGAUUUCAAAGGCCACUGUUUCUAGCGAAGAUCAAAUAAAAGUGUCUGAAUCUAUCCGUAAAGAAUCGACAUCUAAAGGUUCUUUGACAGCACCUUUGACAAACUUGGGCGGUUCUUCUGAUUCAAAUUCUAGUCAAAAAUCAUCAGCGCAUAAAAGUAGUGCGACUGUAACGGGAACAUCAACAACUGCUGAAUCUGAUGGAGAUAAAAAAGAUGAACAAGUUGAAGCAGAAAGAUCUAGUAGUCCAGCAUUUGAUUCUGAUGAUGAAAGUACUACGCAAAAUGUAAAAAAGCGACCUUCAGUCGUUAAUCUUGUGAUGCAAACAGGCACUAUGCAGUUACUGGGUAAUAUGCGCUUGAACGGCGGCAUGCUUAUGAAACCCGAAUAUAAAUCAUCGCAAAUUAUCAAGAAUGACCUAGAUAAACCAAAGUCAUCACUGUCGCAAAUAUCAGAGAAGAGUAUCCUAGAGACUGAAUAUAUACAGUCAAACAAUGGACAUCCUGCAGUAAGUUUGCCACUCUCAUCCGCUAGCAACAUCUCGCCUUCAUCAUCUGGGAUAGAUUCAUCAUUAGAAAGGGAAGUUUCAAAUACAAUUGCUCAAAGAAUCAUCCCCCCUCCAUCAGAAUUCCGCUGUAGUCCCACGGUAUCUGAAAGCCCUCCAUCUCAUUCAGAAUCAUCUAGAUCUAAGGUCUUUAGACUAAUUAAAUGUGAUGGUAGCGGCUACGACUACUUAUUAGGACUAGAUGGUGCUGAUUUGCGAUACAUGGACGAGAGUUCCAUUAUAGUCCCGACACCUCAGAAUGAAAGCCCUCCAUCUUCUCUUACAUUCCCAACCGCUACUGAUCCACCGUCCCCUCCAACAUUGAAUUCUGGUAAUGUAACAAAUACUUCCUUAUUACAGGCUGCUCUUAUUCGAGCGACUGCUGAAGCACAAGUUACACCUAAACCAAACCAAACUCCUCCACAGCCUGUUAAAGUUAAUACGGAGGUAAGUUUAACAGCUGGAGAAUGCCCUAAACCUGUCAUCACCCUAGUGCCGUCUUCCAAUAAUAAUGAUACACAAACACCAAAGCCAAAGGAAAAUAAGGCAGCGCCACUGAGAUUAAAUGCUGUGUUAAGCCCUGCAAUUGAAAGCAGUGAUGUUUCAAGUCCUGCAGUGAGUGGAUCAUGUCGGGGUGAUUCAAGAAAAGAAUUUGUAAAGAGCAUAGGUAAAAAAUUUAAAGUAAGACGUUCAAAACGCGAUGGCUUAUUUCCUAGUAUUGGCCGCCAGAAAUCAAAGUCAGAGAACAGAGCUAGGAAGGCUUUCAGGACCAUAUCUUUCAUUUUAGGCGCCUUCGUUGUAUGCUGGACUCCAUAUCAUAUUUUAGCUUUAGUUGAAGGUUUUUGUACAGAACCUCCGUGUAUAAAUCAACAUUUGUAUAUGUUUUCGUAUUUUUUAUGUUACGCAAACAGUCCUAUUAAUCCAUUUUGCUAUGCAUUAGCUAAUCAACAGUUUAAAAAGACUUUUAUGAGACUCUUAAAGGGUGACUUUCAUGUAACGUAAACAUUCAUAUUGGUAAGAAAUUUUGGUUAGUUAAAAAAUUCACAAUAUGACUGUACAGUAACAAUAUACGUUUGUGUAUUUUAUGAAAAAUUGCGUAAUCAGCUCUUAUAUAGACAAUACUAUUAAAAAACUAGCUAUUGCUUUUGAUGUAUAGAAAUUAUCGUGUAACAUAUAUGCAAUAUAAAAUAGUUAUAAAAUCGUUAAUAUUUUAAAUGGAAAUAAUUGCGUAAUGUAAAGUAUAAUUCUGUUAAAUAAGGUAAUAAAUAUUAUGCGCAAAAGACAAUAAAUUGUAAAUAAAUAUAAUUAAAGUCUCUUUAUAUGUCUAAGUAAAUAAUUGUAAGUGUUUAAUACUUUUAGCUUAUAUAAUAAGUAGUUUAUGGAAUCUUAAAUUCAUUUCAUUAUUAAAAAAUAAUUUAACAUUCAAAAAGAAUAUUCUAACACGAAGACCUUUUUAUAGAAAGUACAUGCGCCUUCUAUAAAAUAAUAACAAUUUUUUUUAUUAACAUUAUUGUUUAAAGACAAAAUAUUACCACUAUUGGUGUUUUAAGAACAAGGUUGCUUUGUAUUUCUUAUUCAGUUAACGACCUUUUGACAAAGUAAUACAAUAACGUCUGCAAAGAUAUAUGUAUGAGAAGGUAUGUACAGGCUGAUGGCGGUAUAUAUUUCAUACUAUGUCAUACAUUGCGCAUAGACAUAUCAUGCUAAACAUUUCCUUUAGAUUUUCAAUAAGACAACUUUAAUCAGUUUAAGGAAUGCCUCAAAAUUAUUUAAGUUUUGAAUAAUCGACUAGGUACAUUAUUUCAAAUGGAUUUCAGAUUUCGAUAAACGCUCAAAAGCUUUAAGCUAUGAGCCCGGCUAAAGUUUUUUAGCGUUUUGGUGUCAAUUAUUUUAUGGUAUUUCAUAUUGUAAGGGUAGACUAAAAAUACUCAGUAGUCAUUCGGUAUCUGAAAAAUUAUAUAAAAAUGAAUGUAAAUUAGAAAUGUGUUAGUUGCGUUUUAUACAUAACUUUUUUAAAUUUGUUUCUAGACUGUUGUAACUGUAUCUAAUUUAGCUCAUGAUAUAUAAAUAUCUGUGGUUUUGACAUAUGGAAGACUAAAGUGAAAUAAUGAUAGUUAAAAUAUGAAUAGUACAAAAUCCUACAUUAUGGAGAACUCCAAUGUAUUACUGUAGAUUGUAUUAAAAGCUUUAAGCAGUCAUUUCUUUGAAGUUUAGUGAUAUGUGUUUAAGUUUGUGUUUAUAAAUCAUAAUACAGCUCAAAAAACCAAUAACCACUUUUUCGAUGAAAGAAAAGUACUGUCAUUCAAGUCUAAGUCAAAUUAUCUAUUAUAGAGUAAUAAUAAUUGUUCUUAUGAAAAUAUAUGUAAUGUAGCUAUGUAUAUUAGUAUGUAAAAACUA